UCCAAAGGGCUGCCCAGAGAGCAGGAUGCCCGCCGAAGAGGCGGCGACGAGCGACAAAAAGCCGAAGCAGAAUGGCUGGCGGGCGCUCCUUCGCGCGCGGCGGCGCCGCGAGAAGCGGGAGAAGCGGCAGGAGAUGAUGAUCAACCACAAGCCGAGCCUCUUCCGCUGGCCCACGCGGGCUCUUCCAGCGGUGGCCGGCUGCCGCACGGAGCCCCACAAGCCGUGUUGCGUCAGCUGCGACCAGAACGUCGGCUCGCAUUUGGUCCUCGACCUUGGUGCUCGGCUGCUGGCGACGAGAUCCGCAUUCCAAGCGAUCGAGGUCUUCGACACGGAGGCUUUCGGCCACGUGAUGACCAUCGACGGCGAUCUGCAGCUUACGGAGCUCGACGAGUGCCACUACCACGAGAUGAUGGUCCACGUGCCGCUCGCCUCGAGAAAACCCGGCGCCGGCGCGCCGCGCGUGUUGAUCAUCGGCGGCGGCGACGGCGGCUGCGCGCGCGAGGCGCUGCGCUGGCCCGGCGCGACCGUCACGCUCGUCGACAUCGACGCCGCCGUCCUCGACGCCGCGCGGCGCUUCUUCCCGGCGUGCGCCGCGGGCCUCGACGACCCGCGCACGGAAGUUCACGUUUCAGACGGCGCCGCGUUCGCGGCGGCGGCGGCUGCGCGCGGCGACACCUACGACCUCGUCAUCUGCGACUCGACGGAUUGUAGCGCAGCAGAACGAGCGUCCGGGACGCUCUACACGGACGCCUUUUUCGUCUCAGUCGCGGCGCUCGUAGCGCCGGGCGGCUUCUUCUGUAGAAAUUAUACAAGUCUGCUCCUGUGCACAUGGAAAUCAAAAUUUCACGGCGCGUUCGCUGAAUCGUCGCGUCGACCUCCACGCCAUCGACGCGACGCCUGCUCGACGGCGUGUGCACCCGACGCACUGUUUGAUUUCCACACAGGUCUCCUCUGGAAUACUGAUGAAGCCGCAGCGACGCUGCCCCGCUACGCCGCGCAUUUCGCGCACGCUAGCCCUUUUGUAUGGAAUCAACCGACAUACUCGUCGGGCUCCUACUCGGCCCUCCUCUGCGGCGCCGCCGCGCCGUGCGCGACGCGUGACCUCGCCGCCAUCGCCGCGACCCUCGGCGAGACGGACUACUGGACGCCCGCGGUUCACCGCGCAGCAUUCGCUCUCCCCGCAUUCGUGGCGCGCCGCAUGAGUCCCUCAGCGCCCCCCGCGCCGCCCAACGAGUCCUAGUAGCACUAUAACAAAAUUAAAAAAC